UCCAACAACAAAUUGCAUUCAUUCGUCAGUUGUAGUCGAGAGGAAGUCAUCGUCGCUGCUGUUUGCAACUCAGAAAAAAUAGAAAAUUAUAUUUAUUCGAUCCACCUGAAAGUGAAAAUAAAUUUGGUUGAGUGACGACUGUGUUGUAAUGAAGGGACUGAGAAUCAAGUUUCCUGGCUGCUAUCGUUGAAUCGUCGUUUUUUUUGUGUAGUGCGGUGUUAGUGAGAACAGAAUUGUGUCUCUCAUCCGUGUUAAUUAUAAUUAACUAACAUUUUAUUAAUAAUUUUCUGCGCACUUUUAUUUUUUUGACGGGUGCUGCUGUUCUGUCGGCUUGCGGUCGACGUCACCGCUGUUUACUUAUUGGUUACAUUUGACUGGGAUUCUCCAACCCCACUACCUUUCUCGUCGCAUCGCCAAUCACUUCAUUUUUGGGUUAUUUACCGUGCUGAUGAUGAUAUUUCAGUUUUUGUGCUUUGUGGUGUGUUAACACAUACUGACUGCUGCUUGACAGACGUUGGGACGGACAACAGCAUCAGCUCAAAACAUUCCGUAUGUUUUUUCGGUCUUCAGCUGCUACUGCUGCUGCUGCUUGUUGCAUGCCGAUCAAAAUCUCGGUCAAAUCAGUGAGAAGUGACAACGAAAAAUAGCGCCGCAGCCAUCAUUGUGCUGCUGAUACCGCUAAAUUUAAAUCAACCCAAGAGGAAAAUACAAGACCAUAAGAUAGUACAACAAACAACAACAAUUGCCCAACUAGCUUGAGACAAACAAGCAAUUGCAAGCAAAUUGUAUCUUGCUCCAAGUAACACAACAACAGCAUCAAACUGGCGGAAAAAAAGGUUCAAAUGGCUUUAUGCCAAUCUUCGGUGCUGAAGGUCUAUCACGCCGUCAUUGAAGAUGUUAUUACCAGCGUUCGCGAUGCCUUCUUGGAUGACGGAGUCGAUGAACAGGUGCUGCAAGAAAUGAAACAGAUAUGGCGAACAAAAUUAAUGGCUAGUAAAGCUGUCGAAAUAAAUCCAGAUCCCCCAGAACAGCCGCCACAAGUAAUUGCCAACAAUCCAAAGCCCACAAAGGCUCAAGUAGCUAAGGCCAAAAAGGCUGCCGCAGCAGCAGCUGCCGCCAAUAAUGCCAACAAUGGAGCAGCAGCUCAGAGCUCCAGCUCAGCAACAUCUUCGAGUUCGGUGGAUGUCAAGCCGAAUAUUGCGCAAUUACAGCAGGCGGUAAAUGGACCCUCUACCGUGUCAGCAGCAGCAGCAGCUGGUUCCUCGGCGGCCAAUAGCAGCGGCAGCAAUACAACAACACUCAUGAAUGGCACAAUUAAACAGGAACCCCAGGGGACGAUGCUUUCAUCUUCACAACAAUCUCAAAGUCAACCACCGCCAUUACAUCCUACCUCUUCGAGUUCGGCAUUGCUGUUGCAACAACAAAAACAACAGCAACAUCAGCAGACAAUUGGCGGAGCUGGUGGCAGUCAACAGUCACAUCAACAACCUGGCGGUGUUGGUGGUAAUGCCACCAGUGGUAAUCAACCUCAAUCGUCAACAAUACCCAUUGUUGCUGCCUUAGAUCCCAAUCGUAUUAUGCCUGUAAAUAUAACAUUGCCUGCCCAACCGGGCACCAUGAAUUCAGAAUCACGUGUAUUAACCAUUCAUGUACCAGCCUCAGCAUUGCAAGAGAAUCAAUUGACCCAAAUUCUGACAGCCCAUUUGAUAUCGUCGAUAAUGUCAUUGCCCACCACAUUGGCCUCAUCAGUGCUGCAGCAACAUGUCAAUGCGGCCCUGGUUAAUGCCAAUAUGCAGAAAAAUUUCAAUACCUCCAAACAAAUGGACGGUGCCCUGGAUAGCUCAGACGAGGAUGAAAGCGAAGAAAGUGAUGCCAACAUCGAUGAUGAUGACAAUGAUGAUUUGGACAAAGAUGACGAAUCGGAUUUGGACAAUGAGGGCGGCGCUGAGGAAGAGCCCCUGAACAGUGAAGAUGAUGUCACCGAUGAAGAUGCUACAGAUUUAUUUGACACAGACAAUGUUAUUGUUUGUCAAUACGAUAAGAUAACACGCUCUCGCAACAAAUGGAAAUUCUAUCUCAAAGAUGGCAUCAUGAAUAUUGGUGGAAAGGAUUAUGUUUUUCAAAAAUCGAAUGGUGAUGCUGAAUGGUAAAAGAAAAACUGGGCCUGAGAAUAUUUUUUGCGAAUCACAACAAAUUACUUAUGAACAACCACCUUUCUCUCGCACCGCCCCUCCCCUCACCCCAAUCCCCCCUCCUCCUUUUCCUCUCCUAUGCUCAUAAAUUAAUUCAAAAUAAUUGUUAGUAAUUAAAUUAACCUAGAAUUUUGUUAAUAUACCAUCAUAUAAAACAUGCAUAAAAAUGAUGUAAA